CUCUGCAACACUCUCUUCAGUCUUCUCCAUUUCAACCAAAUAAAGCUUACCUACCGAUUUCUCUGGAAUUUAGGUUUCAGAAUUUAUUUUUUAAUUUAUUUAUGGGCUUAAACAACAACAGCACCACCAACAAACGUAAGCUCAAUGAUUUCGUCGCCGAUCAAAUGGAAGUUUCAGUUCCUUCCGCCGUCAAGAUGAGAAAAGACCAAAAUCUCCCUCCAACACAUAUUCAGUUUUUUGUACGUUUGUUUCCCGGCGGCAAAACGCUGGUAAUUCAAGCCGAUUCUAAUGACUCAGUAGAAUCAGUUCACGAAAAAAUCAUGUUAAUCACCGGUAUACCGGCGGUGGAGCAGCGGUUAAUUUACCGGGGAAAGCAGCUUCAUCAAUGGGAUCAAACGUUGUCGGAUUGUGGUAUUCAAAAGGAUGCAAGCUUGGAACUUGUAGGCCGAAUUCGGAGCACAGGCCAUCCUCAGGCGUGGCAGCUCAUGAAUGACUUAAUUUCACUAAUCUCUGGUAUUUUGAAAGGCAAUUAUCCUGCUGUUAACUCGAACUCGUAUUAUAUAUUAAAAAUGCUUAUACAGUUUUUAACUAUAACACCGAAGGAUAAUACUGAAAAAGCGUAUGAGCACAUCCAAAUCUUCAUUUCCUCGUCUGCUCCUUCAGCUCUGGUAAUGCUUUAUAUGUCUUCAAAUUAUGCUAACAAAAAUAGUGCUGAUGAAUCCGUUCGUUCAUUUAUUGAUUCAUUUAAGAGUAAGUUGCCUGUACCUGUGUACAAUGGAUGUGUUCCUAUAGUGUUAGAGUUUUGUAAACUUCUCAGAGGAGCUGUUGGGAUUGAUGAUCGUUUGUAUAAUAAAUGUCGGAGUAGUUUAGGGGCUAUAGUAGAGUCCACUGGGAUUGCGACGUGUAAGGCUGAAACUAAGAAGUUGUUAGCAUUGCAAGAUGUUUUUCCGUUUGUUUGUGAGGUAGCAAGUAAGUUAUCUUAUGAUUUGGAAUUGACAAUGGGAUCAACUAAGCUUAUUGGGUUAUCAUUUAGCAUUGUGCGGGAUUUUACUGUGUUUAUGCUUCCGGUGAGAAAUGUAAUACGGUGGCAAGUACCAUUUCGCUUUCCAAUAACUUUCCCGUUGGAAGAGGAUGACACCAGUGAAGGAGUGUAUUACAAAGAGUAUAUUGAAUGUUUGCAUCAUAUUUUCUAUGAUUUGCUAGAUAAAAUGGAGAUGUGUUUAAGGGAAUUGGAAGACCGGUUGGGUUUGAAAGAGAAUGGAAAAGGCAAACCUAUUGCACCCUGGUGGUCUCAGUAUCUUGUAAUUCUGAAGGAGUUAAAUAGUAUAUCAAAACUGUAUAAGGGCUUGGAGAAGGUAUUUUGGCAGAAGAUGAGGCAAAUAAAGCUUUCAUUGUGCUUUUUGAUAGUUUCAUUUGCAAAAAAGUCUGAUGAUUAUGGUUGGGUUCUUGAGCACAAGGAGGUAACCAAUUUUGAGUUGAGGAGGCAUUUGGCAAUGAUGAUGCUUCCGGAAGUUAGAGACGAAAAUGCGAUGCAUGAGAUGCUCAUUGACAGGUCCCAGUUGUUGGAAGAAUCAUUCGAGUACAUUGGACAAGCUGAUUCCAAAUUGCUACGAGGCGGUUUAUUUAUGGAAUUCAAGCAUGAAGAAGCUACUGGUCCUGGUGUAUUGAGGGAGUGGUUUUUAUUGGUAUGUCAAGCGGUCUUCAACCCUCAAAAUGCUCUCUAUGUUGCUUGCCCAAAUGAUCGUAGAAGGUUUUUCCCAAAUCCAGCAUCUAAGGUGGACCCAUUACACCUUGAGUAUUUCCGCUUCUCUGGUAGGAUGAUUGCAUUGGCUUUAAUGCAUAAAAUUCAAGUCGGUGUUGUGCUUGGUCGUGUGUUCUUUUUGCUAUUGGCUGAAAAGAAUAUUUCAUUGGAAGACAUUAGGGAUGCAGAUCCAUACUUAUACAGUAGCUGCAAGCAGAUACUGGAGAUGGAUCCAGAGAUGGUGGAUGAAGAUACACUGGGCUUGACAUUUGUUUGUGAAAUGGAAGAGUUGGGUUCCAGGAAAGUGAUUGAACUUUGUCCCAAUGGGAAAGAUACUGUUGUGAACAGCAAGAAUAGGAUAAAGUAUGUUAAUCUUCUUAUUCGACAUCGUUUUGUCUCAUCAAUUGCUGAGCAGGUAGCCCAGUUUUCUAGAGGUUUUGCUGAUAUAACUACGUCAAGGCUCCAAAAGUCCUUUUUUCGGUGUUUAAAUCUUGAAGAUCUUGACUUGAUGCUUGAUGGGAGUGGAAGUGAUGUUUCUAUGGAAGAUUGGAAAGCACAUACAGAUUACAAUGGCUACAAAGAAAGUGAUCCUCAAAUAUCAUGGUUCUGGAAGAUAGUUGCGAGUAUGCCUGCUGAGCAGAGAAAGGUGCUCCUUUUCUUUUGGACUUCAAUUACGCAUCUGCCUCUAGAGGGUUUUGGUGGUUUGGCUUCUAAACUUCACAUCUACAAAACCUCAGAGUCCUAUGAUCACUUGCCUUCUGCGAAAACAUGCUUCUACCGCAUAUGCUUUCCUCCUUAUAAAUCCAUGGCCAUCAUGCAAGAUCGACUCCGCAUAAUCACCCAAGAGCAUGUUGGUUGCAGCUUUGGUACCCGGUGACAUGCAAAUUUUGAGAUUGAACUUGCACAUAAGAUAUGUAAUCAGCUUGUACAUGAAGUAGGAUAUGCCUACCUGCUACCUAUUUGAAACUUGACUUUUUCAUGGUCCUCUUUUUGUUACCCCCUCUUUGCAUGGCUGAAGUUCGUACUUUCAACUCAAUGUAUCACAGACUGACGAGUCUAAGACAAGUUAGAAAAGCUAAUAGAACUUGGCUUACUUCUUUACUGAAUGCGUAUCUUUUCUUUUUCCUUAUCAAACUUCUAUACAGGUAUAAUAUCUAUUAAUGAAGAAAAAAGUUCCCGUCCUUCUUCUGUCUUCUCUAUGCAUUGUCGUUCUCAUUCCUUUUUUCGCUCUCCCCUAUUUUAAUAGUGUUGACAUGGCUGAAGAUUGUAUUUUUUCCAG